UCGCCUAUUUCCAACCUCCCUCCAUCUGCCGUCGUUCUCCGAAGCUUAACAGGAGAAAUGGGUCGUGUUAUCAGAGCACAGCGUAAGGGAGCAGGCUCCGUCUUCAAAUCCCACACCCACCACCGCAAGGGUCCGGCGAGGUUCCGCAGUCUCGACUUCGGUGAGCGCAAUGGUUACCUCAAGGGUGUCAUCACCGAAAUCAUCCACGAUCCAGGUCGUGGUGCCCCUCUUGCACGCGUCACUUUCCGUCAUCCUUUCCGUUACAAGCACCAGAAGGAACUCUUCGUCGCCGCCGAGGGGAUGUACACUGGUCAGUUCGUCUUUUGUGGAAAGAAGGCUAACUUGAUGGUCGGUAACGUUCUUCCUCUCAGAUCUAUCCCAGAAGGAGCUGUGGUCUGCAACGUUGAGCACCACGUCGGUGACCGUGGUUCAUUUGCCAGGGCUUCUGGUGAUUACGCCAUCGUUAUCAGUCACAACCCCGAUAACGGCACCACUAGAGUGAAGCUUCCAUCUGGAGCCAAGAAAAUUGUGCCAAGUGGAUGCAGAGCUAUGAUUGGUCAAGUUGCAGGAGGAGGGCGUACUGAAAAGCCAAUGUUGAAAGCAGGAAACGCGUAUCACAAAUUCCGUGUGAAACGUAACUGCUGGCCUAAGGUUCGUGGUGUGGCUAUGAACCCUGUGGAGCAUCCUCAUGGUGGUGGUAACCAUCAACAUAUUGGUCAUGCAAGUACGGUUAGACGUGAUGCACCACCCGGUCAAAAGGUUGGGCUCAUUGCCGCCAGGAGGACUGGGCGGCUCAGAGGUCAAGCUGCUGCCACCGCUGCCAAGGCUGAUAAGUGAUGAAGUUAGAUUGCUAUUAUGGUUUUGGUUUUUUUGUUAUGAAUCAUUGGGUACUUUUUAUUGUUAGUUAUUUUGAGUUUAUUACUUGGAAUUGUUAUUGUUAUGUUGAUUGUCAUACAUUUUGUUUUAUGGGAAAGUUUUGUGGUAGACUUGUUUU